AUGUCGACAUCGAGCAACAAGCCCCCCUGGACCCUAGAAGCCAAAGCCAAAUACAGCUCAUUUGACGGCCCUCGCGCAGCGCAGUACUUCGGCCUCGAACCCCUCAAGCCCCCUCCCUUCUUCCCAAUCAUGAGUCUCCUCCCCAUGCGCUGCAUGCUCUACAUCAAAGCCCACUUUCCCGCCGCACGCUACGAGGACCAAUUCGGAGAGCUCUGGCAAUGCUACUGGCGCGAAGCCAUGGACAUCUCGAAGCCGGACAUCAUGGCUAAAUGUCUUGCACGGCACUUCAGUGAGGACGAGGUGAAGGCGAUUCUUGCCGGUGGCACGUCAGCGGAGUACAAGAAGAUGCUGACGGAUGAGACGGCGAGGUUGGUGGGCAAGGGGGCGUUUGGGGCGCCGUGGUUUUGUGUUACGAGACAGGAUGGGGUGGAGGAGCCGUUUUUCGGGAGCGAUAGGUUUCCGUUUAUGUUGAGGUAUUUGGGUGUGCCGUUCGAUGAUAUUAAGAUUAGGGAGAAGGAGGGGAAGGCGAGGUUGUGA